GGGUUGUUUUGUCGAUUCCUUCCUCGAAACCCUCAUUAGUUUAGAGUUCACUUCGCCCCCAAUAAACGGUACCUGCGGCCGAAUUGAGAGAGUUCAGGUUUCAAGAGUGGUGAUGGUUUAUUUGCUUCUGAAAUCUGGCACAACGCCUCUGCUUUUGUUUAUGUUGCAGACGCAUGUUCCCCUUCCUGAGUUUCAAUAUCUCGGCUUUGAAUCCAACCACCCAUUACAAUGUUUUUGUGGAGGUCGUGUUGUCUGAUCCGAAUCACUGGCGAUUUCAGGGAGGAAAGUGGGUGACGUGUGGGAAAGCUGACAAUAACAUACAAGGUAACAGAACUUAUGUCCACCCCGAGUCCCCAAACACAGGAGCUCACUGGAUGAGGCAGGAGAUCUCCUUUGGGAAAUUGAAAUUAACUAACAACAAGGGCGCAACCAACAACAGCACUCAGAUGGUGGUGUUGCAAUCUUUGCAUAAAUAUCAACCACGACUGCAUAUAGUGGAGGUGAGUGAAGAUGGUGUGGAAGAUGCAAGUGAUUCUUCAAAAACUCAGAUCUUCACCUUUGUGGAGACACAGUUCAUUGCAGUGACAGCCUACCAGAACACAGAUAUCACACAGCUUAAAAUUGAUCAUAAUCCAUUUGCCAAGGGUUUCAGGGACAACUAUGAUUCUAUGUUCACUGCUCCAGAAAACGACCGACUGACCCCUUCACCCACAGACUCGCCCCGAUCGCACCAGAUAGUGCCUGGAGCCCGUUAUGCUGUCCAACCUUUCUUCCAGGAUCAGUUCAUCAACAAUUUACCAUCUACCCGGUUCUACAAUGGCGAGAGAGCAGUGCCCCAAACCAGUGGUAUCCUGUCCCCUCAGCAGACCGAUGAAUCUGGUAACCCUCCACAGAGGUGGUUUGUCACCUCUGUCCAACAGUCUGGGACUAACAGGUUGGACUUUACCUCUUAUGAUGCAGAUUAUCCCACCAACGCCUUGCUGCCCUACAGUCUCAAGCCUAUACCCAUCCAGUCACCUCAUUCUCUGAGCUAUUACCCCGACCCUACAUUUGGCUGGGGCUCUAGGAGUUCCCAAUACCAGAGGAAAAUGAGCUCAGGGCUGGCAUGGUCCUCCAGACCAAGCCCGCCAACUUUCCCUGAAGACCAAUUGUUGGUCACUGAGGAAAAGUCGAGGGAAGAAGUCAACUCGCUCUGGAUCGAGACCCCUCCAUCCAUCAAAUCAAUGGACUCUGAUUCUGGACUUUAUGAAAACUCAUGCAAGAGAAGAAGGGUCUCACCAGGCAACUCCAGCACUGAAGGCUCCCCCACCAUUAAAUGUGAAACUAUAAGCUCCAAAGAGUAUUGUAAGGACGGUGCAAAAGCCAUGGGCUAUUAUACUUUCUACACUAGCCCUUAACGUGUUUGUAUGGAGAAUGUGUGUAUAGAUAGCCAACCCAUUCACCAAAUGUCGAGGUGGUCUUACCAGUGCCAAAAAGACCUUUCACCUAAAGAACUGGUCUUGUACAGUCUACUUGUGCAAUCAAAUUUUAAGAAGGUGCCAAAGCUUUCUGAUGCUGUAAGCAACAAAACGAACAGAUUUUUAGCCAAGUUUGACCUUAAGUGUGACAAUGAUAGUAUUAAUUUUAGAAGGAAUUUCUUGCAAGGGGGAGGGGGGAAGCUUAAGAAUUUUACCAUUUGUGGUUUUAUUUAUUUGACGAUACUAUGAUGUACAGUUCCUGUUCUGUAUAGUGUACUGUAGAAUAGGUGCAGUAUCGUGUAAAAGAAAAUAACAGUGUUAGUUCCAUGUCCCCUUCCUUUCCUCCCGUCCUUUCCAGUUCCACCCACUUGUACAGAUUUAAACAGCUUUAUCAAGCAUUAAAGAUUUCAAAAGCAAUAAAUUCGCACCGGAUCAGACUGCAAACUUCAACUUUUCAAUCAAUGCUAAUAAAUAACUAUGUACUGGAGUCUGUAUCGAUGCAUAACUGGGACGCCUAGUAUUCUAAUCUAUACAUGUAUUUCCAAUAUGUCCAAUGUAUAGAAUAUCUGAUUUAAAUGUAACAUUUGCUGGCAAAUUAGUUAUGCGUUUAUCAGGCUUCCGGUGGCCAUUUGAUUGUAAUGUUGGAAAUGAUGUGCAAAUUGGUUCUUAAAGCACAGAAUGGCUUGUUUUUGAAGUGUCAGCAUAUGAAGUUUUUUUUACAAAAUCACACUUUAUUGCUACCACCAGUUAACCAGUUUCAAUGUGUGCAGUCAUUCUCUGUAUUAGUGACACAUUAAAAGAGUUCUGGAGGU